AUGGCUUGUUGGCAUUCUCUCAGAAGUUCCCCAAUGCGAGGCGGCUUGUUCUGCAGGUCGAUUGUUGUGGAGGCGCUUGAUGGGGCCUGGGGGACGGCAAUUGAGGUGGUUGCGUAUUAUUUCUCACGGAGCACCCUAUCAAAGGCGCAAGAGUCUACUUCUACCACCACAUCUUCCACGACGGGUGCAAUAGCUACUGCCUCGAGAUCCCCUCUCGAGUCGUCGCGGCCAUGGCACCUGGAUACUCGAAGCUUCUUUUUUCACGAGAUGAUUAUCCUCGGGCAAAGAGCAUCGCAGUUCCACGCCCAGAUGGGCAUCACUAUGAUGGCGUUUAAUGGCGGAAUGGAACGGACACGAUCGCAGUGGCAGGCUCUUCUUGAGGCGGUUGAGCUCCAGAUCGUGAGGUUCUGGGAUCCAAUUAAUGAAGGUGCAGAUGGGAUUGUGGGGACUAUGAGGGUUUGA